AUCAUCCACAUCAUCAUCAUCAUCAUCAUCAUACAGGUUUAACCACAUUAAAUGAAUCAACCAAUGAUGGUGAUGAUCCUGAUUUUGAUGAUAGUAUGAUAUCACCAGGUGAUGGUGAAGAUCUCAGCUGUAAAGAUGAACUUGAUUCUGAUGCCGAAGAUGAAACAUUACUUGGUAUUGAUGGCCCAUUACCAUCAUUGAAUAGUCUAAGUCAUGGAUCAUCACAUCAUGCAUUAUCAAGUAAAUCAUCACCAAUGUCUGCAAGUUCAUCAAUGUCUGAUUCCGGUAUUGGCUGUACAAAUGGUUCAGCAGCAUCAUUAGGUGGUCUUGGUGAUCCAUCAUCACCAACUGGUGGUCAUCAAUCCGGUUCCGCUAAUAGUAUUGGUAGUGGUAAUGAUGAAAAUCAACCAGGUGGUACAAAACGUCGUGGACCACGUACAACAAUCAAAGCAAAACAAUUGGAAACAUUAAAGGCUGCAUUUCAAGCAACACCUAAACCAACAAGGCAUAUACGUGAACAAUUGGCCAAUGAAACUGGUCUCAAUAUGCGAGUCAUUCAGGUUUGGUUCCAGAAUCGCCGUAGCAAAGAACGACGAAUGAAACAAGUCAAUUCAUUUAGUGCUCGUCGUCAUUUUUUUCGCAAUAAUCGUCGUGCAAUGCGUCCACUUAGGCCCGGUAUGACACCGGAUGGUCUUGAAGAUAGUCCCGAAAUGGCCAAUCAUAAUAAUGGUUUUGGUUAUUUUUCUGAUUCAAGUAAUCCAAGUGAAUUUCAAUUCAAUGGACCACCACCGCCUCCACCACCACCAUCACAUACAUCUGGUUAUUUUGAUUUUUAUAAUGGACCACAAGGUCAAUCAGGACCACCACCACUAUCUGGACCACCUCCACCAGGUACAAACGGUGUAGAUGGUGGAUCGAAUUCAAACGGUCCAAAUAAUGGUGGUCUUUCAUUUUCAUCCGGACCAAAUAGUCAUCGGACACAAGUACCGCCACCAGUUUCUGCCCCAAAUAUGCAUGAACCAGGUUCUAAUAUUCAUCAACCAGGAAUAAUAAAUCUUGGUGCUGAUGCUCCUUUCAUAUCUGGAAACAGUUUAGGUCCAGAUUCCAUGGUCGCUGCCGGUGGUGGUGGUGGUGGUCAAUCAAGAAAUUCUGUAUCACCAAGUAGUAGUGCCGGUGGUGGUGAUGGUGGUUCAUUAAAUCUAUCAGUAAUGACACCGGAUACAUUUGGUCGACCAAAUUCAGCCAAUUCUGGUCCGCCAACAUUUUCAACAAUGACUGAAACACCAGUUUGGUGAACAACAAAGAAAUAGAACAAAAACAAAACCUAUCAAAACUUUCAAUUCCUAAUAAUGAUCCUAAUUGACAAAAAUUUUCUUCAUAUUCAUUCUUUGCUUCUUUUUUUUUCUUGUUGUUUCUAAUUGCAUUUG